AUGGGUUGGUUCGCGGGCUGCAUGGCCUAUGUGGCGCCCUUCUUCAUCAUCAUGUCGCCGAUCCUGUCGUACGGCGACCAGGCGCUGUCGAUGCACCGGAAGCGAUCGAGUGCCGGCUUCUCCCUCGACAUCCCGCUCAUCAUGCUCAUCGCCUCGAUGCUCAGAAUCUUCUACUGGCCCGGAGCCCGGUUCGACGCGAGCUUACUGGUGCAGUCGCUCAUCAUGGUCGCCGUCCAGCUCCUGCUGCUCAAGAUUGCCCUCGACCACAGGCCCGCUCCGUCAUCAAAGGGAGGCGAGGCCAGCACGCCGUUCGCAGCCUUGCAGAACGAAGGCUGGUUCUCCGCCCAGCGACCGUACAACUUCUGGCAGUGGAGGUCUCACAAGCCGUACUGGCAAUUCGUCGUCUACCUGCUCGGCGCCCUCAUCGUCUGCGAGCUGCUCCUGUCGACCAUGCCACCCGUCUACGCCAUGUACUCCAUGUUCAUCGGAUACGUGGGCCUCUCGGUCGAGGCGACGCUGCCGAUCCCCCAGCUGUUGGCAAACUCGCAGACAAGAUCCUGCAAGGGGUUCCGCCUCUCGCUCCUCGUCGCCUGGAUCGGCGGUGACGCCAUGAAGGUCUUUUGGUUCUUCACCGCCACGUCGGAGAUUCCGGUAGCCUUCAAGGUCUGCGGCCUGUUCCAGGCAGCCUGCGACUGCCUGCUGGGCGUGCAGUAUCUCAUGUACGGCGAGGGCGAGGGCGAUGUCGAGAGCGGCGGCGAUGGAACGGCCAAGGGGCACCUGCUGGAGGAGGGCCAGUGGUCAAGCGCGUACAAGCCGGGUCCCAUGCGACCGCAUAGCAGGAGCAUCUCACCCUCGAGGCGGCCAGGGCUCUUCAGCGACUCCGAGGUGGAAUAG